AUGGCGGCGCCAGAGAGAAGAGGUAAAAAUAGUGUUUCUCUCUCCUCACGCCAUUUCACCCCCAACACCUCCGGAUCGAGAUCCCGCCCCCAUCCAGACAUCGGCAACCACCUCCCCUCUGGCGAGCCUUCCCCUCUAUCGCCAUUGUCCCCAACCGGCGUAGGCGGCGCCUCUUCUCCUAGGGUGGUCGCCUGCGUCGUGGUGGCGCUGCUCCUCCUGUCCUUCGCCGUGGAGCCGCUGGAGGCGGUGGCCGCGGCGGCGGCGCCGGCGACGGCGACGAAGCCGAUCCGGUGCCGGAAGUGCGACCACGCGUGCAAGAAGUCGUGCAAGGGCUACGGCCGCAACUCGGACUGCAGCGUCCCCUGCGGCGACCCAUCCAACAAGGCCGGCUGCAAGAGCUGCCUCCAGGCCUACUACUCGAAGUGCCUCAACUACUGUGGCCAGGCCUGCCGCGCCGUCUGCAUCAACUGAUCAAUUUCUACCGGCUAAAUUCGUCCGAAACUGGGUGCAUCCAUAUGUGUUGUGACUUGUGUAGACGACAGUGUUGAUUACUGGGUGUGAUCAAAUAAGGGAGGCUCUGUGCUGCCAGCCAGUACGAAUAUGCAUGUUUAAUUUGCAAAUGGAGAUGCUCACACACUAAUUGCUUGGUUAGUGUUCCGUUCAAGCUAGAUUUGUGCAAUUAUUAGCUAUGUGCUGAAGUGAUAUGGAAAGUUGUGCACGCUUGUUAACCGUUCCACUUAUGUACUGUUCUGUUUUACUUAUUUACAUAUUUAUGUUCAGAUUCGUAGCUAGAAUUAGGUUUAUUUUGCACGGAGUGGUAUAUCAUGGAACAUUGCCUAA